CUGAAAUAAGCUUUGAAUCCAGUCUAUCGUGGCGGGAUGGGACUUCCUUCCAUCUUGGUUCAGAUUCUUUAGUAAGAAGCCGGCUAAAUUAGUGGGUUAAAAUAGAACAGAUAAAUUUAAAAAUAAAUCGUUUGUUUCACAAAGUUACGAUGUGUUAGCUGGAUAGAUCACCGUAAAUAUUUAAUCCCGGAAUGAAUUAGGUAUGAUGUUUUAAGAGUAGGCUUUAUCCAUUGUUGCUAGUCUAGUAUGAGGGAAUGGCGAAUAUCACCUAUACGAAUGUUAAUAUGAAAAUCUGCAUUUUCAUUGAAAAAUUUGAAGAUUAUUAUAUGUAGUUAUGCUGAUAAAUUUUUCUAGAUUAGCCAAAUUGUUGUUUGAACAAGUUUGUAAAGAAGGAAAUAGAGCUUAUGCACCACAGUUUGUAAAUAAUAAAGUGCUUUGUAAGACGAUGGCCGUACCUAGUAGAGCUAGAGUAUAUUCUGAUGUAAAUUCACAUAAGCCAAGAGAAUACUGGGAUUAUGAAAGUUAUGUUGUCGACUGGGGUCAACAAGAUGACUAUCAAUUGGUGAGGAAGCUAGGAAGAGGAAAAUAUAGUGAAGUGUUUGAAGCUAUCAAUGUAACAAAUAAUGAAAAAUGUGUAGUUAAAAUUUUAAAGCCUGUUAAAAAGAAGAAAAUAAAAAGAGAAAUAAAAAUUUUAGAAAAUCUAAGGGGAGGUACAAAUAUAAUCACUCUAGAAGCUGUCGUCAAGGAUCCUGUGUCCAGGACUCCUGCUUUAAUAUUUGAACAUGUCAAUAAUACUGAUUUUAAGCAGCUUUAUCAAACUCUGACAGAUUUUGACAUCCGUUAUUACUUGUACGAAUUAUUGAAAGCAUUGGAUUAUUGUCACAGUAUGGGUAUUAUGCAUAGGGAUGUAAAACCACAUAAUGUAAUGAUCGAUCAUGAAAAUAGGAAAUUGCGACUAAUAGAUUGGGGAUUAGCAGAAUUUUAUCAUCCCGGACAGGAAUAUAAUGUUAGGGUAGCUUCAAGGUAUUUUAAAGGACCUGAACUCCUUGUAGACUAUCAGAUGUAUGAUUAUUCCCUUGAUAUGUGGUCUUUGGGCUGUAUGCUAGCAUCUAUGAUUUUCAGAAAGGAACCCUUUUUUCAUGGUCAUGAUAAUUAUGAUCAAUUAGUCCGCAUAGCCAAAGUCCUAGGUACUGAAGAGCUUUUUGAAUAUCUUGAUAAAUAUCAUAUAGAGCUAGAUCCUAGAUUCAACGAUAUUUUAGGAAGACAUUCGAGGAAAAGAUGGGAAAGAUUUGUUCAUAGUGAGAAUCAGCAUUUAGUAUCACCCGAAGCUUUAGAUUUUCUGGAUAAACUAUUACGUUAUGAUCAUUUAGAACGCCUUACUGCACGUGAUGCGAUGGAUCAUUCAUAUUUCUAUCCCGUGGUUAAAGAGCAGUGCAGGAUGCUGUCUACAGUGUCAUCGUCUCCUACUCCAUUAACAGGAGUAGGUGAGUAGCGUGCAUAACAGUGAAGAACCUUAUCAUUUCAUGUGCUGUCAAAUUUGCCAUACACCAUCCAAUAUUUUUUUUCCAAGAUGAUGUAAUUUUCUCUCUGCAGCAAUGAUAUCCUACAUAUAUUUCCAUUAUGUAUAAAUAUUUUUUGUAUGGUUGAAAAUAAUUUCAAAUAACUGGCGUUCUUCACUUUAUGUUUAACUUAUUUCACUAAAUUUGAUGCAAAGGUAAACAUAUGUUUAAGGUUAGAUAUAGUUGUUACCAUUUACUAACGAAAGUUAUUUGAAAUUCUUUUUCUCUGGGUAUUGUUACAACGUUUUAUCUUAUUUAAUUAAUUUUCUUUUAUAACUCUGAUAGAAAUUAUUAGCAGCUAAAAUUACAGUUUGCGCAUACUUGAGGAGUCAUUUAUGGAGACAUAUGAGAAACAUACAGACAGUAACCUGCCUUCAGUGUAAUUUUUGACUAAAAAAAUCAAACAUUCCUUUUUAAAUUUUUAUCCUACUUGCUCUAGUUCGAAAUGUAACUAAUCCAAAUAGAUAUUGUUCUGAAGCUAUUUUCUUGUGUCAUCUA